AACCUAAAAAAAUUUCUUAAUCUAAAAUAAAACGUAAACACCACAGUUAUUGUUUCCUGGGAUGUUUAUAAAAAGAUAAAGAUAUUAUAAAAAAAUAUUAUCUUAUCAUCGAUACAAAAAAUUUUAAAUUAAAAAAAAAUUUAAUACCAACUUAAAUUUGGUAAAAAAAUAAUUUCUAAUUAACCUCAAAAAAUUUCUUAAUCUAAAAUAAAACGUAAAUGAAUCAAAAAUGUACGGAAUAAUAGUGAUAAGAGAAUACAAAACGAGUGAUAUAUCAAAUAUAAACCAAGUAAUUCGAAACGCCUAUUUAUCAAGCGCUUUUAACGCUUGGUUAACAUUUCUCGGGAAAGAGAUAACAUUCCAAAUGAUUGUACUCGGCGCAGCCGUAAUGUUCAUCUUUAUGGGAGUCCCAUUUCAAUAUUGCAUCAUUUCAAUUCCAGUCGUAAUGUUCGUUAUGUUCAUUUUCGUUUACUUGGCAUUUUUAAUGAAAGCAAUGGAAUUAUCACACGGAAAACGUUUCAAUCAAUGUUGGGUUGCUGAAUCGUUGGACCCCAUUUUAGAGUUAAAUCCGCCGAAAAAUAAAUUGUAUAGGAUUAUUCCAGAAUAUAAAUUAGGCGAUGAAGGGAUUGAUCUUUCUAGAUUUCGUAAAACAAUCGUUGGGACCGUUUCGAUAACGAAAUUCUCGCACGAUGAAAACGCAGCUUGGUUGUUUCGUUUAGCGGUUAUUAAUGGGUUUAGAAGAAAAGGAGUGGGACAAAAUUUAGUUCAAACGGCUGAAAAAUGGUGUUCUGAUAAUCGAUUUCAUACGAUUAUGUGUAGUAUGUCUGAGUGUCAAGAAAACGCGAGAAAAUUGUUUAUGAAUAAUAGAUAUUUGUUGAAGCAUAUGUAUCAUAAACAAAUUAUUGGGAGUGCUUUAACUUUGCUUAUGUAUCAAUUAGAAUCUCCUUUAAUCACUACAUUUAGUUGAUGAAAUCUAUAUUUAAGUAUUUCCAAAAUAAAUUUUUACAUUCCAA